GGCAAUUUCAAUACGUUUUCUCAACAGGAACUUUGCAGAAAAUUUCUAAUAGCUCAGCAGAAAAUUAAUAUUUUACUCAGAUUUUACGAGAUAUAUCUAUUAUCUAUGACGAUAGUUUCUCUAAUAUUAAUUGAUGUGUAUUAAUCAAUUUGUUUACAAAAUUAUUAGGCGCGAAAAGCCUUUUUAAUGGAUUUUAACGCAAUUUUUACAUUAAUAAUAUAGAUUUAUAAAGAUAUUUUCACAUUUGGUACAAUCCUUCAAAGAUCGGCCAUAAUCUUGUAAACUUGAAAUUGAAAGGAGGAAAUGUAUAAAACCGAAGGAUAUUUGGAGCCUAGUAGUUUGAGUGCAGGCUAUACGUCUAGUAGUGUAUAUUCUCAUUCUGAUCAAUUUUCUCCUGGAUAUGAUACAAGAGGUAAAUAGAUGUAUAAUAACUGUAUACCAUUUAAAUAUACGGUAUCUCUUUUAUAUAGUAGAAAGUGUAUUAAAAGUAACAAAUUAAAAGAGACAUAGAUGAAAACUGUUUCGACGUCCUUAGACGACGUAAUCAAUUUUUUUUGAAUUUAAAUAGCUAUCUUUCUAAAUUCACUAUGACUGGUUUAGAAAUUAUGCAGUCAACUUUUAAGGGUGAGCAAGGGGAAUACAGAGAGAAAUUCACUUAUUAACCUAAGCUGUUCACCAUAUUCGAGAAUUAUUAUUUGCUUGUUUACCCCAUGAAUACUGAAUAUUUAUGUACAUUAUACAUAGGACGGGAGCUGUACAUAUAGCAAUUAUUAUAAACGUACUAAUACAACUAUAAAUCUAUAAAUGUACUCUGUAUAUCCUAUUUAUUCAUUGUUUGUGUCGUUAUUUUAUCUUUCCUUUUCAGUGUAGGCCUAAGUAUCUUGAUUUUUAGGUUGUUGAGUUGAGUCAUAGUUAAGCCAUAACUGCUUAACUAGUUUUAUCAGCAGUUUUUUCGCCUUAGGAUAGCUCUGCAUUACAAACAACCCAGAGAGUUUCUCAGGUACGAAUACUUGACUCAUCCUAUAUAAAAUGCCAUGACUGAUGCAGGCGGCCUCUUCAAAAGGCCUACAUCUCAGCAAAUUACGACUUUGCACUGUACGUAUCCCGUACAUACUCUAAACUGCAUAGCAUAUAUCGAAUAGGAAACGGGAAUACGAAGUACUUUCUUUCCUAUUGUUUAAAAGUAUUCGAUUAGUAUUAGAUAGCCUCAUUGGCCUAAAGCGGUCGAAAAAUACUUAAUCUUUAUUUCUUAACGGAUAAUCCACAAACAUUACACACUUAAUCAUCGUAAGAAUGAAGAGGAAACUGCACUAAAAUCCGUUAUGGAUAUUCGUAAAGAUGAGCAUGUAUAUGAGAAAGCAGUUUACGAGAGUUUCAAGGAGAAUCCAGUUACAAGAGAAAUGAAGAACGAAAGAGUUAAAGUCAAUCCAGUGUAUCAAGCUGACGAAACUGACUACAUUAAGAAGAGUAUCCCAAAAUCUACAGUUUAUCCUGGAUUGUUAACUUUUGUAUUAAUUAUUCUUUUCCUCGUAUCGACUUGUGCCUUAAUUCUUUCGAUUAUUACUGUUGGAGACGUAAAAGAUCUUAAGGAAUCUAGUACAAGAACGUCAACACCAAAUUUUGUUCUGAGCGAUAAUUCAUCGGCAAAGUGGUUAGAAGAGUUUAAGGAAUGGAAAAAAGUCAAAGAACAAUUAGAAAUCCGCCUACAGAGUCUUGAACAAGAAAACAUAAAAUUGAAGGAUGGUAUAGAUAAACUAGAGAAAAAGUACGAACGUCAGACAGAUAAUGAAAUGUACCUUAGGGAAGAUAUGAGAACUAUAAAAAGUCAAAUUCAAACUACUGUGAACGGAACAGUAUUUGACAGAGAAAUAAAAAAAAUUAAAGAAAAUUUCGAUUGUAAAGUGUACAAUAUGACGCAUUCUUCUUCAUUCGAUCGUUCAUUCACAUAUACUCCUUCAAUGUAUCCUUGCAAAAAUAGGGAUGUUCCUUAUUGUCCCAUUUCUAAGGAGGUUUUGUAGAAUUCUAUAUUCUAUAUUACUAGUUUUUUAUUUACAGUAUAAAUUUUAGUUUUUUUUUAUCUAAUUUUCUACUCUUUGAAUAGGAUCUACAGAAAAUCACAAUUAUGUCUGCCUAUUGUACGUCAAAGAAUGCUCAAAGUAGUUUGUUAACCGAAACAUCUAACGGUAUCUUCAAAUGUUAUUGUUUCGGUAAGCACCCGGAUGCUAAGUUGAAAAAAUUAAAUGAAAGAGAAUGUACGAUGUGGAUAAGAUAUUGUAAAAAAUCUGAGUAAUACAUUUAAGGAAGCAUAGAAGAAUAGCAAAGUUUGGUGCUGUAAGAAGACACUAAAAUGUUUUCAUCUUUUGUUUCUGAUAUAAAAUAAACGAUAGUUUUCAUUUUUGCUCUAUUUUAGCAUAAAAUAUAUAAAAAAUGAAAUAAUAAACUUAUGAAUCACUCAACAAAGGGAAUUCAUUGAGAUAAAAAAUUAA